AUGUUACAAGAUGGAUCUCCACGUGGCGACAGUCAAACUGACUCUUCUGCUGCUUCAAAUGCAAAGUGCUAUCUUCUCAACCAAGAAUACAUCAAGAGAGGGACGACAAAGAAGGGUACAGUCUACGGCCUUGGCAGUGUUCAGUACAAGAACUGCAGUGCUUUUGUGCCAAUUCCUGUCUCACUGAAGCGCAACCUUGAUGUGGAUAUGCGCAUGUCUGGCUUCGAGACCACCAUUUCUGAAGUCAAGGAAGACAUUGCUGGAGUCAAGGAAGAUUUCAAUGCUUUGAAGACAGAGAUCAAUGCUUUCAAGACUGAAGUCACAUGGGGGAUGUCAGCAAGCCAAGCAACUCUCAACAUGAUUCUGCAAACUCUCCAAUCUCAAGCUUCCACUCCUGCCUCAACUGCACAACCAUUUCAGCCUCAAGCUCAGUCAGAACCUCAAGGUCAGCCCCAAGCUCCAAUUCAGUCUCAAGCUCAGUCUACGGCUCCACCACAACAACUCACGAUCAAUAACCAAGCUGACUUAGAUAGGUGGUGCUGA